AUGACAGAUGCUUUCAGCGCUAAUAGCGUCUCCCCUGAACGCAGUCAAAGUAAAUGGCAUUGGGUAUUAGUAGUAGGCAUUGGUGAACGGAAAUACAUUGAAAAGUUUCUCGUUAAUAUUUCUCCUCGUGUUUUCCACAGCCUGGUGGUAGCCGUGGCGAGAGACCUUCAGAAGGAUUUCUACGAUCACUUCCCCGAGUUUCUGUCGGAGAUAAUCUGCCUGCUGCAAAUGAAAGACGCCGAACAGAUCGAGCAUACGUUCACCACUCUGGCGUAUCUGUUUAAAUUUCUGUGGCGAUAUUUGACGAGGAACAUAAGAACCGUGGUGCCUCUGUUGCUGCCGUUGCUGGCCGACACGCAGCCGGUCUACGUGAACAGGUUCGCCGCCGAAAGUUUCGCGUUUGUAGCUCGCAAGAUCAGGGACAAAGAGUCCUUUCUGAAGUUGAUUCUACGUAUUCUGGAGGAAAGACACGAAAAUGCUAAGGAAAAUGGGAUAUCGGGCUGCGGGAAGUUGCUGUUCGAGAUCGUGUCCGGUAUUCCCGGGCAGUUCCAUUCCUGCGGCGAGCAGAUGUUGUUUCUCUACUUCAACGCUCUGCAAGACCAGUCCGUUGAUGGAAACCUCACUUACCAAGUACUGCGGGAAGUCGUGACGUGCAUAUUGCAAAGUAUUCACCCGCAAAAGUGCGACGUCGUGUGGAACGUUCUGUUGAAAGUAAUGGACACGUUUGUCGAAAAGUCGAGGCAGCCGUUGGAAUCCUCCGAGAAGAAGCACGCGUUGGUUCUGCUCCUGCGUCUCGUGCACAUCAUCGUCAGCUGCAAAGAUGGAAGGUUCCUGGCCGACGCCGCGCCCUUGACGAGAAGAUUCACCGCCAUGAUGGAGGCAUUGAGCGAGGACGGCGAUGUCCUGCGAGAAAUCAUCAACGUGUCUGUGGCGAUUCUCUUGGCGUCCAGCGUCAAGCUGAUGCAGGAGAAUUCGAGUCAGCUGCUGCUGAAAAUUAUGACGGUGAACGACUCGGCACUGUUGUACUCCGCCGUUGAAAACUUAAUACGUUACUCUUCGUUCGAAACCCUGGUGUUGCCUCACAUAUUGCGACGCAGCGCGUCUGCUGGAUUCGACAGCGAGACGUUGUUGCUGCUUGCCAAGGUAAUUCUCGCUAAAGCACCACCUUGCCUUAGCGGCAUAACUUUGGACAAGUGGAAGAAGUACGUCCUAGACGUGCGGAACGUCGGGACUGGGAGCGUCGAUUAUCUCUUGCGAGAAUUGAAGACGUUGUCCACCGAUACAGUUUCGCUCGACGCGCUGAGAACGUUGAUUGUUUUACCACAUCUGAAGCCGUUACGCGAGGAAUUUAAGGAUACGCUGAGAGACGGCUUGUUAUUUUUAUAUAAAAAGAUAUCGAAACCUGACGGCGCGGACGAUGCUGCGGGUGUUGGCAAAACCGCUUUCGUAUUUCUGCUUACGCUGGAAUCGCUGGUGCACCUGUCGGAGCCGAGCGAUCUCCACGAGUUUUUCCUGAAAUCGGACGUAAGAAUAAUCGAUCUCGUUAACAACGACAACAUGUGUAUCUUGAAUGCGAUAGAUCUCUGCUUGACGUACUUCGCUGCGUCGCAGCAUCACGCGAGCUACGUAAACUCAGCGUCGUUUGACAAACUGAACGAUAAUGUGGUAAAAAAAUUCAAUUCGCCUUACGGCAACGUUCGGCUGAUCGUGGCGCAUUUGUAUUCCUUGUUUUCGAACGUCGAAGAUCUGAAGGGGUCCUCGAUGCAGGGCGAUGGAAAAAGUGCCAUGGAGCUGGUCUAUUUGGUUGAGCGCGAGUCCGUGACGGUGCAAAACUACCGCGACAGGCUGUUGCGCCUGCAAGCUUUGGAGUUUCAGGGUCAGGCGAUAGCCAGUCUAGAUCCGAGGUAUCGCGAGUUUCCAUUGCGAUGCUUGAUGGGCAAUCUGUACGUUAACUUUUCUCUGCUCUGGCAGCCCGUGAGCGCGAUCAUAGCUGGUUACGGCAACAAGGAGUGCCUGCAGUUCUGGCCGACAUUCCUGGCCGAGUUAACGUCCGACGCUGUACUGGAGACUGAGCGGGGAUCGUCGUUCGAUUGCCACGUGGUCUCGUCGUUGGAGUCGCUGAUCGUGAGGCACGACGACAAGCCCGACUUCGAGAAUUACAAGGUCCUCCUCUGGAAAUGCAUGGCACAGUUCUCGCGUUACGCCGAGACGAAGAACCGAGACUUGACCGGAUUGUUCGUCGAUUUCGUAAACGCCAAUUUCUUCAGGUCCAACUCUGACGAGGGCAAGUGCUUCGACGUCGUGAAGCGCGGAGAGUCGAUCGGUAACGCGGAUGACGCAAACGAGAGCGACGAGGAGCGUAACGAGAGCGCGAGAGUCGCGCAGGCGGACGCGACGAAGAGAAGUUACAAGGUAAAACUGUUGCUCGCCCAGCUAGAGAUAUUGGACAAGGUUCAGAAUCCGAAGAUGAUGCACAAAGAGGCGGAGCUGCGUCAGAUCUAUCUGGACCUGAUUUCUUCGAGAAACGCCGACGUACAGAGGGCCGCUAUGAAUUGCCUCUUCGCGUACAAGUACAAGUAUCUCCUGCCGUACAAGGAGUCUCUGUACGGACUGAUAAAUGAGAAGAACUUCAAGAACGAGCUCACGCGCUUCAAACUGGAUCGGGAGAGCAACAUGAUAGAGGAGGAGCAUCGCGAGGAUCUCAUGCCAAUCAUCAUGAGAAUCAUUUACGCUAAGAUGAUCACGAAGACCGGCAUGAGGACCGGUGGGAAGGCCGGCGGGCUCGCACGGAGGAAGCUCAUACUACGCUUUCUGGGCGGUGUGCAGGAAGACGAGAUGAUCGUAUUCGUCAAGAUGGCAUUCAGACCGUUCAAGUACGUGUCGCUGGACGUGGACGAGGCGUUCGACCUGAGGAAAUACGCCGGCGACAUCGUCGACACCGUCGACCUGGGCAACGUCAUGCCGCCCAAACGCGUGCAGAGCGCCGUCAACUUACUGGCGAUAGUGAUAGAGCAAUUCGGCGGUAAGAUGUCGACCAAGCUGUUGCCGCGGCUGCUGCGGAUACUGAUCUGCAUCCUGGCCGAGGCGAACGGAAUUCUGCGGAGAUCCGGGGAGGUUCACCCGGGAUACCUGUCGACGAUCAAAAGCGUGAGGACGAGCUGCGUCGGCGUCCUGGCGAGAUUCUUCACGCACUUUGAGGACUACGACUGGCGGCGGCACGAGAUCGACGCGGUCUUUCACGUCGCGAUAUUUCCCCUGUUGCGGAAACUGCCUGUCGAGGGUAUACACAGUCCCACGGCCCUGCUCAAGCUGUUCAUGGCGUGGGGCCAGAACUCGCGGUACUAUCCGUUGUUCGUCAAGCGUCAGGAGGACGACGAGUCGGUCACGCCUCUCCCUUACGUCUUGCAACUCCUGUCGAACCCCAAGAGCCAUCAGUCCGUCAUCAACGCCAUUCUGGAGAUGAUCGAGAGGAUGCUAACGCUGCAGGACUACGGACGGUCCAGCGGGGACGCGAUGCAGGUGGACGACGCGCCGUUCUUACCGCUGGCGCCGAUACUCGCCGACACGCUCGCGGUGGAUGAGGAGGUACUUUCGAGCGGGAUCAACUACGGCUCCGCCGUGCUGCUGCCGCACGUCCCUCACGUUCUGGGCUUCAUCAGGGAUAAGCUGAAAAGAUCCAACAAGACCAUAAACAGGACCGAGCUGGUUAUACUCUCGCGAAUCUCCGAAUUCGUCACGGACGCCGAGACGUGCGACAUGGUACUCAAGUUGAUAAUACCCGUCCUGAUCAAGAAGGCUGCAUCUGGCAGUAAUGAGGUGGCCGUUAUGGAAUUGCUGACGACCGUCACGAACCUCGUGAAAAUCGUAAACACGCCGGAGGCUCACCUGCGUUCGAUCGCACCGCUGAUGGGCCUCUUGUCGGACGUGCCCGCUCGCAAGAGUCUGUUGCGGCUCUUUCGUGCCAUCGCCGAAAGGUCCGCGGAAGAGCGACGUGAGAUGAUGAUUCGGGAUUACGAUAUCUUAGCUGCGCUUAACGCGUGGGAUCACCGCUGGAUCGAUCAACCGGACUUCCAGAGGAGGUUGGACGCUUUCAAGCUGAUCGACGACAUGGCUGGGAGGAACGCGAUCGCGCUGGAAUUUGGCGUAACUGUGAUACACAAUUGCUUUUACUUCCUCAAGACCGAGUCGGAUCUCGCGAUGCGAGACUGCUCCGGCCAGUGCCUGAAACUCGUCGCGGCGAAACUGGCGAGGGAGCACCGGGGUGACGCUCUCGACAGACGUUACGUGAUGGACGACACUGUUCUGGCACUCGCGAAGAAGGGCAUCGCGAGCAAGAACGAAGCCGUUCGUCUCCAGUCGAUAGCGCUCUUGGGUCACAUGGCCCUGGAAUGCGCGGACGUGCAUCCCGUCCUGCGAGACUUGUCCUUGCUUGCCAAUCGAGACGACCCCGAGGUUGACUUCUUCGAGAACAUGCAGCACCUGCAGCUGUACAGGCGAGCUCGCGCCCUACUCAAGUUCUGCACGCUCGCCAAGACACUGCGAAAGGCGUUUAAUCCUAAGACACUGACGCAAUUCAUUCUCCCUCUCUGCUCGUCGUAUUUAUGCAGCGAGGCUUUCAUUCACAAGAACAGCCUCGUCGACGCCGCCAUCGAGACCGUCGGAGUGGUGUGCAGGUUGUUACCGUGGCACCACUACGAGAUUAUCCUGAAAUAUUACUUGGGCAAACUGAGGAGUUCCAUAGAGUUCCAGAAGCAAGUCGUUAGGAUUGUGGUAACGAUACUGGACUCGUUUCACUACGAUCUUACAAAGUACAAGCCAGUAGAGAAAAUUACGAAAACCGAAGGAACCGAGGAGGAUAAUGCUGCUUUUGUCGCUGAGGUGGAAGGAACUAACGACGCGACUGGUCGAGACGAGACCGUCGAAAAGACGGAACAAGAGGACGAGGAGAAAUUGGAGGAAGCGCUGAGCGAUGAGAAUGUCGAGGGUGUUGAGGAGAUAAUAGAAAAGGAAGCGGCAAAAGAAGAUUUGCCGAUAACUGAAAGGCAAACGCUACUAUCUCAAUACGGCGCGAGGAAAGUAGUGUUCAGUAUAUCGAACGGAUUUCUGCCUCAACUGCAUCGAGCUAUUGCGGCAAGAACUCGGCAAGAUAGCAGCCAUAAGAUCAACAAGAAGAAAAUCGCCUCCGAGACCGAAGAGGACGAUCUGCUGAGGGUUCCCAUUGCUCUCGCGCUUGUUAAGUUACUGCAAAAGAUGCCCGAGAAUCUUCUGGAUGCAAAUCUACCAGGAAUUUUUAUGAAGCUGUGUACGUUCCUCAAAUCGCGUAUGGAAUCGGUUCGACGUACGACUCGCGAGACGCUACAGAAAAUUAUGAUAACUUUAGGACCAAAGUAUCUUCAUCAUCUUUUGAAGGAAUUGAACACACUGUUGACAAGAGGCUUCCAAGUGCAUGUUCUUGUCUAUACAAUACAGGCUGUAUUGGUCGCAUUGAAGCCUCAUUACCAAAAACUUGAUAUUAAUGAAAAUCUGCAAAGCAUUCUGUCUGUGUGCAAAGUGGAUCUGUUUGGAUUAACCGCGGAAGAAAAGGAAAUAGCCGGUAUUGUCAAAAAUGUGUCAGAGGCUAGGAGUACAAAGAGCUUUGAUAUUUUUCAUAUCUUGGCGGAAUUUAUAACAGAAUCGUGCUUAUUAGACUUAAUCCUGCCAUUAAAAGAAACGCUACUGAAGACGCACUCGCACAAAACGAUACAUAAGGUCGUGGAGUGCCUCCGAAAUGUAACUUUGGGAUUGGCAGACAAUGCUUACAUACCGUUGGAACAAAUGCUCAUAUUUCUUUACGGUAUUAUCUCGGAAAGUAUACCAGCUCUUGUACCAGAAAAGGACGAUAAAAAGCUCGCGGAAGAUGAGCGCGGAUGUGAAACGAAGGCUCUAGUGCGGAAGCAGUCGAAUUAUUUCCUCAUACCACCGGAACCCAAAAACAGAAUGGGUAUUAAAGUCACCGCGAAGACUACCAAGAAUGCGAACGCUCAUGUAAUGACAGAAUUCGGUCUGAGACUGUAUCACAUAUUGCUGAAACGGGACAAGGUCUCCGGUGCGGAGUACAAGCGUUACUUGGAACCGUUUGCGUCAGUUCUAAGCGAUUGUUUACAGUCGCAGCACGUUAAACUGUGCACCGCAGCAUUACAAUGCUUAAACUGGAUGCUCAAGAUGGAUCUAGCCUCGAUGCACACGUCGAUAUCGGACAUCUGUAACGCCAUGUUCGGCAUCCUGCACAAAUAUGCUGCUGCGGGAUUGAGCAAGGGCGACAACUUCGAUCUCGUGAUGGUUACAUUCAAAUGCAUGUCCGUGGUCGUCCGCGAUGUCAAGUACUUCAGCAUCGAUGCCGAUCAGUUGAAAAUACUCAUAUUACACGCGGAGCAGGAUCUACACGACAGCGACAAGCACGCUACGGCGUUUACCUUACUCAAAGCUAUAAUACAUCGAAAAAUGGUUACCGCCGAUAUGUACACCGUCAUGGAGAAGGUAGCGAUGCUGAGUAUUACCUCGGAGCUGGAGCACGUUAAAUUGCAAUCCCGUUCUCUAUUUUACUCUUAUCUUAUGAAUUAUCCGCUUGGCAAGCAUUUGGACAAACACAUAUAUUUCUAUCUCACUCAGUUAAGUUACGAAACGCAACCGGGUCGGUUGAGCGCGCUGGAAAUGAUCCACGCCAUCGUCACGGGAUUCCCAUUGAAAGCGCUGAUCAAAAGGAUAGAAAUCAUAUUUGUAAUGACCGGUGCAAGACUAAUAGAUGACGACGAUCCAACUUGCCGUAAACUUUGCGCAAAAUGUAUAAAAGAAAUGCUUAUGCGGAUUUCCCAUAACGAGCGGAACAAACUGUUUGACAAAUGGUCUCUUCAGUGGCUGAGUGACUCGAAAAUAAGGUACCGGACAUUAGCGGCACAGUUGUGCGGCAUAUUUGUCACCGUCGAGAAAAAUGAUUUCAAUUCGCGACUACCUCAAGUCUUGCCGUUGUUAUUAAAACAGUUACGCAAAACCAAGUCCUCUGACAAAGAUUCCGAAUCGAAGGACGAAAGAACGAAAGAUCAUCAUUUAAUUCAAGUGUUGCAACUGCUGCUAAAAAUAGCACACCAUACAUCUUUUCUCACGAAUGAAAAGUACAAAGAUUCAAUUGAUUCUUUUGCCGAGUGUGGCCAAUAUUUGUUGGCGCAUCCACAUUUGUGGGUUCGAUUAGCAGCAGCGCAAUUAAUCGGCUUUAUCUUUACUGCUUUUGACAUUGACAGAGUCGUGGAACUUUUAAAUAAUCCAGAGAGCGACAGCGUACAGAAGGGUUACUUGUAUUCGAAGCCUGUUGACACUUUAAAGACCUUAAUUCAAGAUUUAGUAGCUCAACUUUAUCCGGACAUGACAUUCGAGCAAUUAGCAGAUCAGGUUGUGAAGAACCUAAUCUUUAUCGCAAAAAUACUGAAGUCGGUCACAGGAUCCGCUGCGAAAACUGACGAGCAUGGAAGUAAAGCGGAAAAUAGUAAUUAUGUAUCUUUUCUUUGGCUUAUUAGGAGACUGAGAAAUGCUGUUUAUAUAGAAAUAACGCAAGCUCCUAAGUCAACGUCAGUGAGAACUGCGAUGUUCAAGUUCAUUGCCGGUGUAGUAACUACAGUGCCUGUAGAGUAUCUAAAUAUAGCGAUACUCUGCAAUAUCAUGUCUCCGUUGGUACGGGAGAUGACCACGACAGAAGAAACAUACGCCGAAUUGCGUCGACUUGCCAAAGAAGUAGCUACCAUGAUUAAAAAGUCUAUAGGAAAUGACGAAUAUGUCAAAUUACUAAAUCGAGUACAACAAAAGUUGGACAUUAAGAAAGCGGAAAAACGAAAGAAACGUGCGCAACAAUUUGUAACUAAUCCUGAGCUGGCGGCUAAACGUAAACUGGCCAAACAACAAAAGAAGAAGGGGGCUAAAAAGAGAAAACUGGACGCUAUAAAGGGAAACAGAAUAACAAAGAAAUUUAAAAAGAAAGUAGAACUGGACGAUUUGUAAUUAUACUUGUGAUGUAUAUAGACA